AUGAUGGAUGGAAAAGCAUAUAUAAAAGAUUACGAAAUUGAGAAAGCUACUCAUAGAUUAUUAUUAAAAUUAAAGAAUGAAAAAAUAAAAGAAGAUAUUUUAAAAAAAUCUAUAAAUGAAUAUAAAGAAACUAUAAAUAUUGUGAGCAAUUUAACAAAGAAAAUAAAUUAUAAAAUAAUUAUUCCAUUUUCUAAAUUAGCUUUUUAUGAAGGAGAAAUAAAAUAUACAAAUAAUAUAUAUCAAAAUAUAGGAUGUAAUACAUAUUGUGAGAGGACAUCAGAAAAUGCUUAUAAAUAUCUGGAAAAAAAAUUAGAUGAUUAUGAAAUAAAAUAUAAAAUAAUAUCUGAUGAAAUUAACAAAUUGACAAAAGAAAUCCAACUUGCUUUAGAACUUGAAGAAACAUCAAAUGUAAAUAAAAAUAAUAAUAAUCAAGACGAUGAUACUUAUAAUUCCAAAAAUGUUUUUGUAAGACCUGAUGGAUAUUUAGAAAUAAGAGAGGAAUAUCAUAGUAGUGAUGAUGAAAAUGAGAAUCAGAAUGUCAAAAAUGAUAAAUUAAAUUCUAUAUGUAAUAAUAAUAAUAAUGAGAAUCAACAAAAAAUUAUAAAAAGAGAAGAUCUUUUUACAAAUAUCAAUACAAAUGAGAAUAAUAAAAAUGAAGAAAAGAUACAACAUGAUGACAAACCUAAAAUAAAUAAUAAUAAAUCGUUAAAUGUUAAUAAACAAGGAUUGCUUAAUAUUCAAGAAAAUUAUACAAGUAGUAGUAGUGAAAUUGAUGACUAA